AUGUCUUUGAAUCGCCUGUUUACGGUAGUUAUUCUACAAGUCUUGGCGACACGAUGGAUUCAGUGCGCACGAGAGUGCUUUGUCUUCAACGGUAAGCCGGCUUUGGGAUUUUUACGACGGAAUUUUGCUUGAUUUUGUAGGAAACAAGGAAUUUUUUGAUGGAGACAGACUUUUGUGAAGACUUAUCUUGGUUUUUAAAAGUUUUUUUGCGUUUUUCGAUUUUUUUGUUUCGUCAAAUAAGACUUUGAUUUCCUUUGGACUCUUUACUAUGUAAAAUACGUUCAAAACAUUUGUGAUUUUCCGGGGUUUUGCAAAUUUUUUGGUCAUUUAUUUUUGAAAAAAUGAAAAAUUUGUUGCAUUUUUUACCACAGUGAUCUUUGGCCAACGGUAAACUGUUGAACAGCCUGCUCAAAAAAUAACUUCAUCGAAGUUAACACAACAAAAAUUAAUCUUCAGACCAAAAAUACGAGGUUGCGGUGGAUAUUGGGAAAGAUGUUCAUGCCCAAUUCGAGUUCAACUUUGGUGAAGCCAAGUUUGUCGAGGGCGACUCCAGUGUCGUCAUUAUGCAAAAGUAUCACAAGAACACUGCAAAUUACAUAUUUAAAUUUCGCUUGAAACAAAGCCUCCGGAUAGACGACAAAGUGUAAGUGCUGUUAUUUUUUGGUUUAAUACGGGAGUUUCAUGGUAUUUUUGUAAUUUUUAUGUGGAUGUUCAUACAAUGCUUACAAUGCUAUCUCGCCUAUGGGAAUUAAAUUUUCAGCUGCCAUUUCGGGAACUCCAAGCUCUGCCGAUUGGACUAUGACCCCAACCAAGCCGAAAAGUUCAUCUUUGAGUUCAAAGAUCUCGAAACCGCCCUAACCGAGGACGCUGUAAUCAUCGACGAGUUCGCCAUAACGCCUCUUGUCGACACCGACACUUGCGUUCAAAAGGAUGCAACGCAUCAUGGCUUGGCUGUGGUUUAUUGUCGUUGCGGGGAUUACUAUCCUCCAACACACGCGACGUGUCCCAAAUGGGAUGAUCAGGAUCCGCCGUCGCCUCCGCCGCCGUCGCCGGACCCCGAUCCAGAGCCUGAUCCAGAGCCUGACCACACAACGGCAACGAACGAUCAGACAGACGGGACAACAGGCACAACGCCUAGUGGGCCAGAUGAAGAUAACAACAGCACAGACACCACGGAUAAGGAUCGUAAGUCGAGAAAUUUGCUAAAAAACUUGAAGGAGCUACAGUGAGGGACCUGAUCCAGCAGCAAAAACGUAAAAUUUUGCACCCGGGAAGUAUCAAAAAUGUGGCAAAAUGCCUCCCUCGCCAACUAAAAAAACUCCAUUUUGAACUGCGCGCCCAUUCCCUCACAAAAAGACCUUUUGAAAUCGGUGUUUUUCACUUGAAGAGGGAGGUAUUUUGCUGCAUUUUUGAUUCUUCCCGGAUGCAAAAUGGUACGUUUUUGGUCAAUGGAUCAGGUCCGUCACUGUAUAUUCUAACCUCUUGACGUUUUGCCAGUUCAAAGGACUUGAAAUUGAAUGCCUAAUACUGAAUCCAGAUCUUAAUAAAAGAAGCCUUUUUUGUCGUGUAAUUUAAAAAAAAGUUUAAAAAUUUAUUUCAGACGCCUUCCUAAUUAACUGCGUUGAUCCGACCACCGAAUUGGAAAAAAUUUACUGUCAUGCUAAAGAGGUAUACGGCUUUCCCAAAUAAAACAAAAACGUAAAAUUUAGGAUGUCAUCGAGAAGGAUGAUGUGAAAAAAGUUGUAAAUAGGACCAUCCACAGCUUCGAUGAGAAAACGGCCAACAGCUCGGACUUUUACAUGCUCUCAAGGAUCCUGGAGCGGAUCUCACAAGUGAAUGAUAUCUAUAUGGACGUACGUUUGAGCUGAUAUUUGCGGAUGAUUCAGAAAAUUGUUUUUUGUUUACAUUUUUGAAAUGUUUUUUUAGGAUUUCGAACCGCUCUACCUCCUCUUUGACAAAAGCUUGGGUAUCGAUGAAGCGACAAUGCUCCAAGCCAAUCAAGUGAAUGCAAAGUCGACUACUCGAGUGAUAAAAAGCAUCGACAAUGUUCUGACGAAAGCCAGAUUUGACUUGGAAUUGGAUCAUGGCCAUCAAUUGGCCAUGCAUCGGAUCAAUGAGGUCAACUGCAACAAGAAAAUCCAUGGCAUGGCAAUUUACGAUGACAAAUUCGGAUGGUCGGAGGAUAAUAAAAACCCGAUUGCUCAGAUUGAGCUGGAAAACGAGGUGGUUUGUCAUGAUGGGAGCAGUGGAGGUGAGCUUUAAUAAAAGACAAAAAAGUCUUGGUAUUUACAGGGGAAGUACCUCAAGUGCGACGCUCAGAUUUUUAUGAAACUUGGCACAGAUUUAGAAUAUUUUUUUCUAAAAUAUAUGCGAGGAUCCUAGCUCACGCUUUGCAAAAAAAAAUCCGAGAUUUUUAGGUCGAAAGUCGACGAAAAUUUUAGGCUUUUUGUCGAAUUGCGGCACUAAAAGCUGCUUCCCUAUUUCUACCGUAAACUUUAAUGUUUCCAGAAAAAAAACAUUUUUUUCCGCACGAGACUAGCCAAGUUAUGGCCAAAAAGUGUUUUUCUCUCUCUGACCGCUCUCCGCGUUUAGCGUACUCUCUCGGCCGCAAAGAUCGUUGAAUAUCUCGGCUUCGCCUUCAAAGCGCGAGCUAAAACUUUAAGGAAUGGAUAUUUUGUCUAUGCCCGAAGCAUGUGCAAAAUUUAAAGAAAAUCUGAACGUCGCAUUUGGGGUACUUCCCUUGUGAGUCGAAGAUUUUUUCAUUUUUUUCGAAUUUGACCAACACUUUAGGCCUAAUGUUCGCCGUUGAACAAAGCUCAGUCUACUUUGUCGCCUACCGUAAGAACAGUUUGUUCGUCCCGACAAAAGAUGUUGAAGUGGCCACCAAAGAAGACCGUUGCCGGAAGGGGAUGAUAAAACGAGAAAAUCCGGUUAUGUCGGCCAAAGUUGUUGGUAAGACCAUAGACGACACGGACAUACCGGUGGCCACUUUGAAAUACCGAAAAGAUGAAGUGAACACGCCAUUACACGGCUCGCUGGCUGUAACAUCGUUUGAGAAUGAGGAUUGGCAAAGAGAAAGGAAGUGUGAUCUAAAGGAGAAGGAUGGGUAUUAUGUCGGGGAAUGUCAUCAUUUGACCGAUUUUACGAUCUUGGUGGUGAGUAAAUAGGAUGACAAAAUUUGAUGUGGUUUAGAUGCCGCUAGUAAUCUCACAGUGAGGGACCUGGUCCAGUGGAAAAAAUGUACCAUUUUGCAUCCGGGAAGUAUCAAAAAUGUGGCAAAAUGCCUCCCUCUCCAAGUGAAAAAACUUCGUUUUGAAGGCCCUUUUUCCUCACAAAAAGAGCAUUUGAAAUCUGAGCUUUUUCACUUGGAGAGGGGGGUAUUUUGCCACAUUUUUGAUACUUCCAGAAUGCAAAAUGGUACGUUUUUUUCCACUGGAUCAGAUCCCCCACUGUACGGGGUCGUGUUGAAGAAUAUUUUGUCCAAAAAACCAUUACUUCAAGAUGUGAUUUUUUGCAGAAAUCGUAGAAUUUUUUCUGUGGCACAAAAGCAAAUUUGAUGCAUCAAUUGAUGUGUUCUAGAUGCCGCUAGCAAUCCUACUAUAACUUAAUUUUCAGGACGGAUGUGUCACGGAUCCAGUUCUUUGCGACCCGGCCCUUCAAUCGCUCGGGUUGACCGCGAACAUUGGCUCAACUUUAUGUCUCGCAUUUCUAUUCACAGUCCACUUUCUGCGGAGAUUUUUCAGCCGGUUGAGUUUUGUCCGAAGCAACCUUUCAUUCGUAAGUCGUAUUACAAGUUAGAUUAUUUUCAUUUUAAGAAAAUUCUUUUUAAAAUACGAGAGAUUAAAUUAAUCUUCAUUUUUUACUUUUCAGAUUCGCGUAGACUCAAUUCGACUGCCCUAUUAUUUCUCCUACUUUUUGUUUUACCUUUCUUUUACAAGUUUCGCGGAUCAACGGCGGACCACCGGCGAAGGGUUUUGCUCAGCGAUUGCCGGCUUUAAUUACUGCAUUUUAUUGGUGUAAGUGUUUGAAAAACGUUUCAAGUUUGCAUUAGGAUCAAGUAAUAUGACCUUGUUCUUUUUUCAGAUGUAUUAUGUUGACAAUAACACAGUCAUGGAGAGUCUUGAGGACGUGUAUAAGUAAACCGGCGAUUCAGGAGAGGAUACGAGAAUGGACAAGGUCGAGGGUAGUGAUGCCCGUUGUUUUGGGUGAGUUCGUCGGUUAGCAAUGGAAGAUUUAUUGCGUUUUGAAUGAAAAUUAGAUUCAUGAGACAUAAGAUUUUGUAAUCAACUUUUGUAAAAUACGGAAACGGUAUAUUUACCGCUCUUUUCCGGCGAGAGAGUAAGCAAAAUGUAUAGAGCGGUCAGAGAAGACAGCUUUUGACCUUUUAGCAUUUUAGCAUUGAUCUUUUUUGUGACUGAACGUUGCACGUCAAACUGACGAGUCCGGUGAGAGGAAUUGACUAUUCGCUAUCGGUUUUUUACACUUCGUCUUGAUUUCACAAAGAAGUCAGAGAAAGAUGAGCAAAAACGUUCUCUCUCGCCCCAAAAAUUCCCCAUUUCUUCCCCGACAAAACGUUUUUUCGUGUCUUUUUUUUGGCAACUUUUUUUGGCCGGAAUGUUUUUGCUUCUCUCAGUUUGACGUGCAAUGUGCAGAGUAAUGAUAGAAAAGGGCAUUUGACCGUAGCAUUGGUCUUUUUUUGUGACAGAACGUUGCUCUUGACGGUAGAGAUAGGAUCGCAGCUUCCUCAUGCCAAACCCCUUAAAAGCCGCAGCCUUUCUUGAUGAGAAAACAUAGAUUUUUUUCCGUAAAACGUGCUGAGGAUUUACUCGGCAAAAAAUCAUCUUCAUAUACGAAAAGUGCCACUUAGGUCUAACACCUGAACUUAGAGCACACCGCGUUUCAAUGAAGUCUUCUUUUGCUCAUAACACACGCUUGUUCUUGAUCUAAGCCUACAAAUUAGCUUGCCCGUUAUAAAACACACCAUGUUGCUUUAAUUUCCCUCCCAAUUUAUCUUUUAGUCUCCAUUAUCAGCAAAUUUACAGACGCCGGAAGGCUCAGCCAAGAAAAUUAAUAAAAUUUUUCAAGCCGCUUAUACAACAAUUUGAAGUUUAUACUUUCCAACUUUAUAUGCUUAUUUUUCAGUGGUCUGUGGGUUGAUAGCGCUAAUCUGCAGCUUUAUCACGCCCGCGUUCUAUCGCCGACAUGAUGAUUUGUAAGUGCAAUACAUAAUUAUCACAUGCAAAUACGGUGGGGGGACCUGAUCCAGUGGCAAAAAAAUAUCAUUUUGCAUCCGGGAAGUAUCAAAAAUGUGGCAAAAUGCCUCCCUCUCCAAGGGAAAAAACUCCAAUUUCAAAAGCGCGCCCUUCAAAACCAAGUUUUUUUUCAGUUGAAGGGGGAAGCAUUUAGCCACAUUUUUUAUGCUUCCUGCAAGCAAAAUGGUACGUUUUUUGCCACUGGAUCGGGUCCGUCACUGUAGAACAACAGCAUUUUAACUCACAAUUCUUAUUUCAGCUGCUGGAUCAACCCCUCGUUUGUGAUCCUCGCCGUGAUGGUCCCACUUUCCUUCCUCAUCCUAAACGCAAUCUUCUGCCUAUUCGUUGUUUUCAUCACUUUGUUUGGCAACUACAAAUUCGCCGCUCAUCUGCAACGGGCCAUGAAAUUCAAGGAGCAUUUCAGCGUGAUUGAUCGCCGAAAUUCGGCCAAAAAGCGGGAAAUUCGCAACAAAUUGUCGGUGAUUUUUGCUCUCCAAUUUAUGAUCGGAUUGCCCUGGAUCUGCCAGUACUUCUCGUUGUUCACCGCGAACACAACGGUCUGGCAUUACCUGUUCAACAUCUCCAGCGGAUGUCACGGGAUCUACUUGAUGUUCGAGUUCAUCAUCAAGUACUUUGAUCAUCGUUACCAAAAGAAAAAGCAUGAAAAUGUCUCGGCGACCUCGUCGAACAACGUCACAACGCUGACGACACAAAUCGGCAAGUCAAAAUUGCACACAAAGCUCAGCGAUAACAGCGAGAACUCGAGGGCUACUGUACCUUGA